UCGAGCUCCCCUCGCGGCGCGCAGCCGCACCACACGCCACACUGACUCCGGCGAGGGGACGGUCCAAAACCCUAGCUGAACCCUCCCCCAGCGCCGCCUGCCCGCCCGGCCGAUCCGCGCGGCCAUGGAGGUGGACCCCUCGCCGUCGCCGCCCCCGUCGCGGCCGCCGCCGCUGCCGGGCUACUUCGACCCGGAGUCCUCCGGCCGCCGGGAGGAGUACCGCCGCUACAGGAAGAGGUUAUCUUCUUCAAAUGUCUCGCCGCUGCUGGGGAGCUCACUCUCCAAAUCCUCUGAAGCAAGGCUGUUAUACGACGGGGACAGCAUCCCGAGGCGGCCUAAUGCUGGUUUACUCCUUGAAGACAUCAAGCAGGAGGCUGAGGAUUAUUCCAACUUUGAAGGCUUGGAUGGAUCGAGAAUGUUCAGUUCAGCCAAAAGAAGGGCACCAUUCGAUGGUGGUUCUGCCUCGGACGCAGCUUACAGUUCGGGGAGGCAGGCGGUGAGGCAGACGCUGAAACCAGUCAAGAUGGAGGACGAUAUGUAUGCGCCACAUGAAGGAGAAACAUCGUUUUCAAUGUUUGCAUCUCUCCUUGAUUCUGCGAUCCAAGGUUUGAUGCCCUUUCCAGAUGUAAUUCUACAGUUUGAGAGGACAUGUCGAAAUGCUUCCGAGUCGAUCAGAUCUUCUGCUACUGGAAAGCUUCGGGUGGUGGAAGAUAAGCUUAUGCAGCAAAAGGCACAACUUUUACUUGAUGAAGCUGCUUCCUGGUCACUUCUUUGGUACCUCUAUGGCAAAGGAAAUGAGGAGCUUUCAGGAGAGCUUUUUGUGUCACCAACUACAUCCCAUCAGGAGGCGUGCCGCUUUGUUGCAGCAGAUCUUACAGCGCAACUGUGUCUGCGGAUUGUACUUUGGCUUGAAGGUCUUGCUUCUGAAGCUCUUGAUUUGGAGAAAAAGGUGAGAGGGUCUCAUGUUGGUUCAUAUCUACCAAGUUCUGGUGUUUGGCACCGUACACAGAGGUACCUCAAAAGAAACAAUAAUGAUUCAACUAUAGUGAAGCAUGUGGAUUUUGAUGCUCCAACUCGUGAAGGAGCACAACUUCUCCCUGAUGAUAAGAAGCAAGAUGAAUUGCUUCUAGAAGAUAUCUGGACUCUUUUAAGAGCGGGAAGAUUGGAAGAGGCAUCUGAGUUGUGCCGUUCUGCUGGCCAGGCAUGGAGAGCUGCCACUCUUUGUCCUUUUGGUGGCAUAGAUAUGUUUCCUUCCCUGGACGCAUUGCUCAAGAAUGGAAAGUCCAGAACACUACAAGCCAUUGAAUUGGAAAGUGGUAUUGGGCGGCAGUGGCGUCUUUGGAAAUGGGCAUCAUAUUGUGCUUCUGAGAAAAUUGCUGAACAAGAUGGUGGCCGUUAUGAGAUGGCUGUAUACGCUUUACAGUGCAGCAACUUAAAGCGUAUCUUGCCAAUCUGUACUGACUGGGAGUCAGCUUGUUGGGCAAUGGCUAGAUCCUGGCUAGAUGUUCAAGUGGAUCUUGAAUUAUCUCAGUACCAAACCAGUAGACCAGAUGAGAAACAGCUCGAUGAUGAUAUGAAUGGAGCCCAAAGUUCAGUUGGUCCAGAAAGUUGGCCGUACCAUGUUCUUGAUCAACAACCUCGUGAUAUAACUGCACUUCUGCAGAAACUCCACUCGAGUGACCUUGUUCAUGAAACUGUGUCUCGAGCAUGCCGGGAGCAGCAUCGACAAAUCGAGAUGAAUCUCAUGAGUGGAAAUAUAUCUCAUCUUCUUGACCUUCUAUGGUCAUGGUUGUCCCCCGCUGAAGAGGACCAAAAUAUUGCAAGGCCCCUUGAUGACCCAGAGAUGAUACGUUUCGCGGCACAUGUCGUUCUUGUACUGAGAUACAUUUUCAUCAGUGAUGAAAUGGAAGAUGAGUUGGAGGAAAAGCUGGUUGCUGUCGGUGACCUCAUCAUCAACAUGUAUGUGAGAUAUUUGUUCUCAGAGGACCAAGAGGAGUUGGUUGGAGUAUACGCUUCUCAGCUUCAACGUGACCUUUGCAUUGAUUUGUUUGUGGAAAUGAUGGAAUUAAGGUUAAAUAGCAGUUUGCAUACUAUGUACAAGCUCUUCCUCUCUGCUGUGGAGUAUCUGCCAUUCUCAUCUGGAGAUGCAUCCAAGGCUUGUUUUGAAGAGAUCAUUGAGAGGGUGCUUUCAAGAUCUCGACAAACAAAACCCAGCAAGUACGAUGAGGAUUUCUCCGAUGUUGCACAUCAACAUCACUUACAGUCACUUCAAAAGGCAAUGGUUAUUCAGUGGCUUUGCUUCACACCACCACCCUCGAUUCCAGACUUUCAAAUGAUCACUGGGAAGCUUCUGAUUCGGGCAUUGAUGCAUAGCAACACACUAUUCAGAGAGUUUUCCUUGAUAUCAAUGAGGAGAGUCCCUGAACUACCAGCUGGGCCGCACAAGUUGCUUGCCAUCCUGGCUGAACCAUUAAAGCAAAAGGAAAAUUUAUUUUCGCUGGAAGAUCAGGAGGUAUCUGAUAACUUACAGGAGUUUGAAGAUUGGGUACGGCUCUUUUUACAUAUUGAUGUGUAUCUUACCUUUAUGCCAAGCAUUUUUAUUUCUAUGUAUAACGUGAGUCUUGACCAACUAUUUGCUUUGGUCGAACAGCAUGAAUAUUACUCCCUUGAUGCGACUUAUCGGAACUGGCUUAAAGUUGAGAUGCAGAAUGAUGCUGUUUCUCCUGAAAUGCUUUCAGCAGAGGAAAAUGAUCAAGCUGUUGCUGCAGCAAAAGAAACACUGGAGUUGGCAUUCUUGUUAUUAAAGAAGGAUGAAAGACCAUGGUUGGAUGCUGUCGAGAGCAGUCCAUUUGAAUCCUCAGAUCCUAUUUUCCUUGAGUUGCAUGCAUCUGCAAUGCUCUGCCUACCUUCUGGAGAAUGCAUGUUACCCGAUGCAACAUCAUGCACAGCUUUGACUAGUGCACUAUAUUCAACUGCCAGUGAAGAGGACGUGCUGCAUCGCAAGUUGAAGGUGGACAUUCAGGUCUCGUCUAGAGACCCUUGCUGUAUUGAAGUUGCUCUAAGCUGCCUAGCUGCAGAAGGUGAUGGAUAUGGGCUUCAUGAAGCCAAUGAUGGAGGUCUUCUUGCUGCAAUCAUGGCAGCUGGCUUUAAAGGUGAACUCAGUCGAUUCCAACCUGGAGUUUCAAUGGCUAUUUCACGGCUUGAUGCUUGGUACUCUGAUGGGAAUGGCUCUGUGGAAAGCACUGCUGCUUACAUAAUUCGAGGGUUGUGUCGAAGAUGCUGCCUACCUGAAACGAUUCUACGAUCCAUGCAGGCAUGUAUUUCGCUUUCGGCAGCAGGUGAUUCUCUAGAUGAUUGUGAUAAGCUUAUUGAGUUAGUUGGUUCGUCCGAAUCUGGAAUGAUCCAUUUGUUCAGCCAGCAGCAGUUGCAGGAAUUCCUGAUUUUCGAGAGGGAAUGCUUGAUAUGUAAAAUGGAGCUUGAGGAGGAGCAGCAGUUACCUUCUGAUGGCUAAGUCCUUCAUGUUCUCAGAGAAUCAAUUGCAAAUCACGGGCGGGUUUCAAUGUCCGGCGAAUCACUUUCUGAACCACCUGCUGACAUUCAGAAAGUAAUGACCCACAAAUUUGGAGGUUGGCGCCAAGAUUGAAGGACACUGAAGAACCUGUUGUAAUGUGUUUCUAAUGGCUUGGUGUCAAGAUUGAAGACACUAAAGAACCUGUUGUAAUGUGUUUCAAUGCCAUUAGAGGAGGAACUUUGGAUUUCCGUGUAUAGGUAGGUGUUCGGUAACACCAUGGAUUGUAAAACUGCCAUUUUAGUCCCAUCGUAUGUGUAAGAAUGAAUACGCAUUUCGGUGGCAAAUACAGUACAAGAGGCACCUGCAAAUCCAACAUGAUUCAUGAAAAACUGAACUUUCACGGUGUUUCGGCGAAACUUUGUUGAAA